ACAGUACUAAUUGGUGCGUCGAUCGUGUCAAAUUAAGUAAUGCAGUAUUGACCAGUGCGAAAUCAGCUGAAAAAAAGGUCCCACUCUUCUUCUUUUCUCCAAGUGGCCGAUCCGAAUCCGAUAGUGAUCAUUUGCUGAUGCAUAACGCACGUUGCUCAGAGAUCAUCGAUCUGGCAGAAAAAAAACAAGAAGCUCCAGUAGGCCGUUAGCUUCCCAUGCAUGGCGACCACCGGCGUCGUCAUCCUCCUGCUCCUCCUACUCGCGCCGACACCGUAUCUGGCAGCUGCCGACUUCUGCGACAACGUCAAGGCCGCGGGCGCGGCGCUCUCCCGGAACGCCUCCUCUUCCCCGGUGCAGUUCGCCACGGCCACCAUCGGCCAGGCCCCUGACGUGGUCUACGCGCUCGCGCUCUGCCUCGGCGACGUCCUCGACAGCUCCGCCUGUGGCGCCUGCAUCGCCGACUGGUUCGCCACCGUGAACCAGACGCAGUGCGACAAGGCGGGCUUCAGCUACCGCGACUGCAUCGUCGUGUACGGCGCCGGCGCCGACAUCCUGGCGGCGCCCUCGAACGCCACGGGGGCAUCUGGCGACAACACGCCGCCCUUCCAGGACUGGAACAUCAGGAACGUCACCGCCGACGACGCCCCCCGCAUCGUCAACCUCACCUUCGAGCUGCUGGCGAAGACCGCGGCGAUGGCGGCCACCGCGACGCCCAAGCUGUACGCCACCGGCGUCAUGGACAUGAAAACAGUGGGAACCUACCCCAACGUGUAUUCCCAGGUGCAGUGCACGCCGGACCUGUCCGCCGACGACUGCUCGGCGUGCCUGCGCCGCCUCCUCAGCAUGGUCAACUCCACCAUGGCCCUGCGCAUGGGUGGGCGGAUGGGUGUCACGCGGUGCUUUUUCAGGUACGAGGCGUUUCCUUUGUACGGCGCCCGGCCCAUGCUAAGCCUGCCGUCGUCGCCGCCGGGGCCGGCUCCGACGACUCGGACCAAACGCAGGAGCAUGCUGUGGGUGAUUCCCGUAGCUGUAGUUUCCUUUGUAACGGCAGCAGCGUUUCUCUUCUUCAUCUGUUACCGUCGACGGCUAAAAAGGCAAAGAAAAGGAUCGAGACGUGCUCGCAGUUUGGAGUGGCAAGGGAAAAAUUCGGAUUUCUCUUUGUUUGAGUUUGAACAUCUACUGGAGGCCACAAGAAAUUUUUCAGAAGAAAGCAAACUUGGGCAAGGUGGCUUCGGCGCUGUCUACAAGGGCCAGCUUCCAGGUGGGUCGGAGAUAGCGGUUAAGAGACUUGCUUCACAUUCAGGACAGGGUUUCAUGGAGUUCAAAAAUGAAGUCCAGCUCAUAGCCAAACUCCAACACAUGAAUUUGGUUAGACUCUUGGGAUGUUGCUCUCAAGAAGAGGAGAAAAUACUGGUCUAUGAAUACUUGCCAAACAAAAGCUUGGAUUUCUUCAUCUUUGAUGAGAAUAAAAGAGCUUUGCUGGAUUGGACAAAACUUGCAGCAAUAAUUGAAGGGGUAGCAAAUGGACUUCUCUACUUACAUAAGCAUUCUCGGUUGCUUGUCAUACAUCGAGAUCUUAAACCAAGCAACAUUCUCUUGGACAGUGAAAUGAAUCCAAAAAUUUCAGAUUUUGGGCUAGCAAAAAUAUUCAGCUCAAAUGACACCGAAGGAGACAUUACAAGAAGAGUGGUUGGCACAUAUGGCUACAUGGCCCCUGAGUAUGCUUCGAAAGGAAACUUCUCUAUUAAAUCCGAUGUCUUCAGCUUCGGUGUUGUCAUUCUUGAGAUCCUAAGCGGGAAACGGAAUUCUGGUACCCAACAAUGUGGAGGUUUCAUCAAUCUGCUUGGAUAUGCAUGGCAAUUAUGGGAAGAGGGAAAGUGGAUUGACCUUGUUGAUGCAUCAUUGGUUUCUGAGAGUCACUCAACAAAGAUAAUGAGGUGCAUUAACAUAGCAUUGUUGUGCGUACAAGAGAAUGCAGUUGAUCGACCAACCAUGGGAGAUAUUAUGUCAAUGCUAAGCAAUGAGAAUCUGAUCUUGGCUGAGCCUAAGCAGCCAGCAUAUAUCAAUGUAAGAGUAGGAAAUGAAGAGACGUCCACUGCUCCUGAGUCAUAUAGUAUCAAUGAUGUGAGCAUAUCAAUCACAAGUCCUAGGUAGUGUUUUUCGUCGUAUCAUGGUCUUGUACUAUCCAUUUGUAGUACAUUCACACCAAGAUAAAUGGUGUAUAAUGCGUAAGUUUCGGUGGUGUCUCAAGUGUGUGGUUUAUGUGCCCCAAAAAGUAUAAGAGAAAGGCUUUGAAGCUACUUGGAGCAACCUUUUUCCGUUCUUAUUUUCUUCUUAAUUAGCAACUUUUAACUAACUUUAGUUAUGUACAUGAGGUGUUUUCCACCUUUGUUGUCACGCAUACUAAAACAUUGCCAAAUGCGGUUGAUUAUGUUAAGUUGUUCCAUACAUAAUGAUCGUUAUC